UGCAAUUGCUGUGCUCGAUCGGUUGCCGUCGUCGACCAGCACGAGCACCUCGAAAAUCGAUCCGAGAGAAACCAGAGGACGGUGACGAAUACCCUGCAUUUUGGAACCUUCAGCUGGAUUACGUAGCAGGAAGAAAGAAUUUGAGGAGCACAUCACUAGGAUUGUGUGAAUUGGUGAUCUUGUGUGUGUGCCAUGGCGAGGGCACUGUUGUGCUGCUUCAAGCCAUCGUCCUUCGUCGUGUCUCAGAGUGGGGUGAGGAGAAUCACAAAUGGUAGCGUGGUGAUAAAGUAAAGAUGCUUCUGAUUUGCAGAGGGGAGCAUGGAGCUAAUUUUUGGAAUCAGCGUGCCUCAAUAUGUGACUGUACACUACAAGUUUCAUCCACAGCUUGCUGGAACAGAUUGGUGAUAUCAAAUCGUCUUCAAGUGGAAAAGGUGACAGACUUCAAGGUUUCAGGGAGCAGGCUCGGGAAUAUUCAUAGGAGAUUUGCGCAUUCUGGACAUGGGUCAACUGCUGACAAUCAGAUCAUCGACAUAGAAGCAAAGAUAAGGGAGGUGGAGACCUACGAGGACGACGAAGAAAUCAAGGGCCAGCGUGUGGAGAAAGUCUUCAAGAGCCAAUUCGAGCGACUUGCAAAGGCUAUGGCUACGAAUGAUGAUGAGUCAGCGGAGCGAAUCCUUCAAGAGCUUGCGUUAGACUCGAUAUUGUCUCACAGUUCUGCAAACAAUCGGUCGAGACAUUGCUAGAUUCGCCAUAGCUGGAACUUUCAUAUAGCUGGUGUAUUACUGAUGAAAGAACCUCUCUUUCAGUAAAAUUUCAGGACUAUCUAACAUUUCACACGUUUCGAUGGUUUAGAAAUCCUUUGAAGGUGAGUGGGAUGAAGGUAAUGAUGGACGGUGCAAACAAAAUGGAAGAUGAACUUCAAAAGCUCUACUCUGAAGUGAACAGGAUAAUAGAGGAAGGAGAUUUAGAAACUGCACGAAGAAUAGUCGAAGAGAAUUAUGAUGCUCUUGUUGAUUCUCUUGGAGAUGUAGUGCCUCCCGGUGUAGAGCAGGCUGCCAUGCUGGACAUAUUGGCCCAGCUUCGCUUAAGCUUGGGUGACACUAACGAGGCUGAGAAGCUCCUUGAGCAGAUAGAGAGAAUAUUGGAAACUUCAGGAACAGAAACAAACGUGGCUAUGUUGGAGAAUAUUCUGAGUCAUGUGGGAAACAUGUACAAAGCCCUAGGUCAAUCUGGUAAAGCAGUUCCUGCGUUUGAAAGCAGUCUACAAAUUCAAGAGAAUACCUUAGGUGAAGACAGUCCUUUGAUUGUUCGGCUGUUGAUGGGACUGGCCGCCACCUAUCUUGAGAAUGACGAGGAGGAAAAGGCAAUUGAGACAUUUCAACGAGUAGUGGCAACUAUUGAGAGAACUUCAGGCCCCAAUGACGAGCAGUUGGCACUACCUCUUGCUGAAAUGGGACAUAUACUCUUGGAGGUUGAAAGGUUUGAUGAAGCGGAGGCCGCUUUACUCAGAUCCUUGCAAAUUACAGAGCAGGUGUACGGACCAGAACACUGGCAAACUGGAUGUGCAACAUGCUCAGUGGCUCGAGUGAAGACGGCGAAAGGUGAAUUCCUUGAGGCUGAAUCUCUGUAUCGUAAAGGACUUCAGUAUGUGGAGAGCUCCACUGACUUCCCCGAGAAUGAAGACGAGAUAUUGAUGUCAAAGGCAAACAUUCGUGGGGAUUUAGCAGAGCUUCUUGAUGCUUUGCAGAGAUACGAUGAAGCUCAAGAGCUUUGGAAAAAAAAUUUGGAAGAGAAAGAGAAAGAAUUAGGUAAGGAUGAUGUCGAAUUAACACCCACGUUGCUAGGGUUAGCCUCGUCUUUUCAAGACGCUGAGAAGUAUGACCAAGCUGAACCUCUUCUUCGUCGAAGUCGCAAGCUUUUGACAAACCAGUUUGGACCAAUGGGACUGGAAACAUGCGAGGCCAUGAUAAGACUCGCUACUGUAUUGCAUUAUCUGAAAAAAGAUGAUGAGUCAGAGGUUCUUGCCAGGCAAGCUUUGCGCAUUCGAGAGUCGACUUAUGGUCCAUCCCAUCCCUCAACAGCCGAGGCAUGUAAUACCUUGGCGUCUAUUUUGAACGCGUUGAACCAGUGUGAGGAGUCUUUGACACUAAUGCAGAGAGUGCUCAGAAUUCACGAAACCGAGUAUGGAGCUGAUAGUCUAGAGCUCGCAGUAACUUUAGAGUUGAUAAUUAUACUUCUAGAUAAAUUAGAUAGGAAGUCCGAGAUCUUACCAUUAUUGCUCCGUUUAGAAAAGCUUAUGGAAUCUGAGGCUUCUGGUUUAGAUUUCCAAUCUUAGGGUGGUUUACCAUUUUGCAAAUUGAAGCAUAAUGAAAUGGAUUAUUUGUGACCAAGUGCCUGAA